AUGAAACGAAUGGCUGCAGUGGCAGGGUUUAUGCAUGUGGAGAACGGAGUAUGUCGCUUAGAAGUGACAAACUUGAGUGUCCACGGCAGUGAUGGGCAACCUAGCUCAGCUUCGGAUAUGCCGACUCGUGCAGCCUCACCCGGUACCAUGAGUGUGCCUAUGGUUUCAGAUGUACUCGCCAAGAUCCAGGACAGCACGUUCGCUACACACCCGACCAAACAGGACCUCACCGCGCGCCAGUUGCUUUCCCACUUGUGCUACCUCCAAGGCAAGUUCCAGCUACAAACAGGACCUCAAGGCGGCUGGGAUCCACGUGCCGAAGAAGCCCUUCGCAAAUGGCUAGCAGCUCCAAAACGUGGCUCCAAAGCCAAGCAGCCGGUGUUAGCCAUAGCCGAUGCUGCUCCACGUCAGAAUGCAGAAAACCCAGGUCUCAGCACUCCCCAUGUCGAGAAGAGCGUAGCCUCUUCAAAGGUGUUGGCCAUAGCUGAUGCCACUCCACUUCAAGAUGCAGAGAACCCAGUUGUCAGCGCUCCCUUUGUCGAGGAGAAUGUCGUCCCACCAACAGAGUCAUCAGAUGCGACGAACAAGCAGGCUGCUGACCGUGAGAGUGACGGUUCCGAUGACAAGGAGAGUUCAUCCAGUUCGAGUUCAUCUUCCUCUACCUCUUCCAUGAGUGAGGUGGAUACAUCUCAGUGGACGACUGAGUGGCACGAUGCCUGGCAAAGCGUCGUCUCACUUGCACCGCAGGCUGACACUUCCCGUGCAAAGACUCGUGUCGUCAAGAACAUGCUAAAGCACAUUCGCACUGCAAAGAAGCAGUGGGAUAAGGACUGCAUCGCACAGGCCCAGGGGAUGUACGUGAAGUUCGGCUCCAAGCAUGUCCACAAGAAGAUAGAGGAGGGCAAGUACACUCUUUCGGAUCUGCCGUUGGUGGAGAUACAUGGCAAGGGAAAAAAAUUCAAAGAAUUCUUCAGCAUCAUCACCGACGUGACUCCGGACGAUCAAGAGCGCAUUCGCAAAGUCAUGACUGAGGAUCCUACCAAAAUAGGCGAUCUACCUGACAGUGUACGUCCCGGAGGUGAGCUAGGUGAAGCGUGCGCUCUGCAAAUGGUCAUUGACUCGUCCAGCAACUCCGUGCUGAACUUUUUUCACUCCAACAUCUCCCUGCCAUGGGGUGUCGUCAGAGUGUUUUGCCGGGACAAGACUAUGUUGCUCAACUACAAGAUUGCAAGCAACUCUGAUCUUGUGAAGUGCGCUUUCAUGGUGAUGCUAUCCAACAUUGCCGGUGAUCAGUGGCUGACACAGUCUUUGGGGGAGAAACUGAAGCGUCCCACCAAGGACCCUUCGGAUAAGGAUGGAUCCUCAUGGGAGCCAAGUGCCGAGAAGCUCAAGGAGGGGAUAGACUUCAUCAACUCGCAGUCGCCCCUAUCCAAUGGGAAGAACGAACAGUUCUUGUGGGCUUUGCUGAACGUGCGUGACAAGGACUCACCAAUAUACUGCUGGCCUAUGCACGUCGUCAACACAGCAUGCCGGAAUCGGUCUACGGGCAACUCUCAAGCUGAACCUGAGUAUUUCUUCCCGCUCCUCGUGACAGACCUCAAUCACGAGUUUGUGAAUAAGAUCUUGCCUCUGAUCGUGCCGACCAUGCGCACGCAUGGGUUGCUUCUCCUAGGUCGUCCUGGCAUUGGAAAAACACCUCUCGCCAUCGUGUUGUCCCUCGCCGUCACCAGGUACACGCUGUCCUCACGAAAUCUCACGGACGCAAUGGUGGGAUGGAGGCGCUCCAAGCAAAUCGAUGGGUUUCGAGACCGACCAGGAGAGAUUUCCGUCCCUGUGCUCCUAGACGAUCCCAUCUUGCCGUCUAUGAGUCUCGAAGACAUCAAGUCAUUCCUGGAUGUCGGGGAAACGACCCUGGUAGACGCUCGCUACAGAGCCGCAAAGUUUGAGAGGAAUCAGGUAAGGAUUCUGCUAAACAAUGAAUGGAACCCCGACAAGGAGCCUGACCUACCCUUCUAUGACCACAUCGGCUGGCAGCACUUCAAGGACAUGUUCCACUCUGCCAUGAAUGAAGCCCCCAUGCCGCACCUGAUGGCAAUCCUCAAGAGAGGUACCGUGGUGAUUGCCGGCCACAAAGCCGUAUACGUUCGCUUAGCCAGCGAGCAUCAAUCUGAGCGCAUCCAUCGCUUCCAGGAAGGUGGCAUCACCGAAGGUUGGCUUCGUGGUGACAACAAAUCUUACUACAGCCACUACAAGGAGGGGCGUUGCAUCAAGUACCCCAGCUUUGAAGAUAGCUUGAACAAGGAGCAGGACCUCAUGCACGAGCUGUUGGCAUCCCCCGAGGAGAAAGAGUACAUGAGGCGAGGUGCAACGUAUGACUCAUGGCACCUGGACUUUGAGAAUGAGACGGUUGCCGAAUCCAUACCUAUGCCUUCAACUCCUCCACGUCGGUCCAGUGCCGAAGCUUCAGCGAGAAGCCCCCAAAUCCACUCUCCUCCACAGAAGCAGCAGAAAACUCAGUCAGAAGAAGAUCCACAAAGUCCUGAUCCAGAUGAGGAGGCGGCGCGGGAUCUUCACUCGCAGACGUAG